AUGACCACCAUCUCCCCCAAUCUGGUGGAGAUUGCUGCUGCCCAGUCCACCGCCGUCUCCAACCAGUUUACCGCCCCUGUUGUUCCCGGAUGUGCGUUCGACAAGUACUACCAGAUCUGGCUGGAGAACACCGACUACGACAAGGCGUUUGAGCAGGAGGAUAUGGCUUGGCUCCGGGGCCAGGGCAUCACUCUGACCAACUACUGGUCCCUCACCCACCCUUCCGAGCCCAACUACGUCGCGGCUGUUGGCGGUGACUACUUUGGCAUCAAUAACGACGACUUCUUCCGAAUCCCCGACAAUGUCUUCACUAUUGCCGACCUGCUCGAUACCAAGGGCAUCUCCUGGGGAGAGUACCAGGAGCACCAGCCCUACACCGGUUUCCAGGGCAUGAACUUCUCUCGACAGAGCGACUUUGCCCCCGACUACGUGCGAAAGCACAACCCCCUGGUCCACUACGACUCCGUGGUCAACGUUCCCGAGCGACUCGGCAACCUCAAGAACUUCACCGAGUUCAACAAGGACUUUUCCAACGCCCAGAUCCCCCAGUGGGCCUUCAUCACCCCCAAUAUGACCAACGAUGCCCACGAUACCGAUAUUGAAUUCGCUGGCAAGUGGACCCGGGGCUUCCUCGAGCCCCUGCUGGCUAACAAGGAGUUCAUGGACAAGAACCUGAUCAUCGUCACCUUUGACGAGAACGAAACCUACCGUCUGGAGAACAAGGUCCUGGCAGUUCUUCUUGGUGGAGCUGUCCCCAAGGAGCUCCAGGGCACCUCCGACGACACCUACUACUCGCACUACUCCAACCUGGCCACCGUCCAGGCCAACUGGCAACUUCCCCAUCUCGGACGAGGCGACGCGCUUGCCAACCCCUUCAAGUUUGUUGCCGACCAGCUCAACAUUUCCGUCGUCGACUACGAUACUACUGGCCAGUUCAACAACCAGUCUGUUGUCGGCUACUUCAACGACGAGCGAGUACCCAUCCCCGCCCCCAACGCCUCCGCCAUUGGAGUGGUUGGAAACACCAUUUACCAGAAGAUUGCCGACAUUUGGGGCGGCGAGGUCCCCAAGGUGGCCACCCCCUCCACUUGUCCCACCAAGAUUGUCGAGGAGUCUGCCAUCUCUUUUAACAAUGAGACCGAGUCUGCCACCCCCUCCAACAAUGCGGCCGAGUCUGCUGAUGUCCAGUCCACCUCUAUCGAGGGCCAGUACGUCACUAUCUCCUCCAACUGUUCUACUUCCGCUAACGCUACUCUUCAGUCUGUUGCCGUUUCUACCAAGUCCAUCGCCACCGCUACCGUUGUUGAUGGCGAGUACGUGACCGUUUACGUCACUGACUGUCCCGUUACCACCGUCGAUUCCAAUGGAGACAUUACCACUCGGGUUGUUCAGUCCACCGUCACCGAGACCGUUUGUCCCAAGUGCACUAAGAUCGAGACUAAGGAGUCUUCUAAGGAGUCCCCCAAGGAGUCUCCUAAGGCCACCUCUGUUCAGACCCCCAAGGAGACCCCCAAGGGAUCCCCCAAGGCUGUUGAGACCCCGAAGGAGUCUCCUAAGACCACUUCUGCCCCUCAGACCCCCAAGGAGUCCCCCAAGGCUGCCGAGACCCCCAAGGCUUCCCCCAAGGAGAACGAUUCUACCGUGACAAUCAACAAGACCGUGACCAAGACCCAGUCCGCAGCUACCACCAUGGUGCCCAGCAAGUCGGCUCCUGCCCAGGCCCCCAAGAGCGAGACUACUCCUGCCCAGGCCAACGGCGCUGCCAAGGCUGUUGUUGGAGCUGCUGCUGUCAUUCCCGCCCUUAUGGCUCUGUUCUAA